CAUUUCCAAGCUACCGUAUCCAUCAUCCAUCGUCAUCAUCGUCAUCGUCAGCUUCAUGUCCAUGCCCAUCCACCUCAUCUGUCCAUCGUCGCUCUGAGUACUCCGGACAAGCGCCGACGAAUAGUUCGCCUCAUGUCACAUCCUCAUGAAAGCAUUCGUAUAUGAAAUUUCUGCGGAGUAUAGGACAUUGGCUCCGUCGCCUAGCUCCAUGCGCCGUAACUGGAGCCAGCGCACUUCCGGAGUACUCUUUCAACCCUUUUUCUUACGUCGCACAGCAUCUGCAUGCUCAUACACCUACAUACAGACAUACAUAUCCAUCCACCAAAAACGCAACCUUACCAUACCAUACAUGUGGAGUACGGAGUACAGCGUUCGGACUGUGCCUUGCGACUGCGUCGACGCACAAGGACGAUCUUGAAUUGCCGCCUUUGCUGCAUACAACAUUUGCGCGUAUCGCCGCAGGACCAGGUUCACACCAAUUGCACAACAUUGGAAACGACUUCCUGCAGCUCGCCAACGUUACUAGACCGCAAUCUUGCCCUUGCCCUCCUCGCAAAACUUUGACUUUUCUUUUUUUUCAACGCCCGGCUGCACGACCGAGGCGUCGUCUCACUCGAUUGCUGGAUUGGAAAUGAUUGAACGAUUGAUUGCUCAGCCACUGCUACAGUCUGCAGGCCAUCACCAUCAUACCCUGCUUACCCACUUGUGAUGCGCGGAGAUCACAGGCAUACAUCCUUUCUCACUGCUCCUGCAGCUCCUGCAGGUAGCCUUGCCUUGUUCUGUGC